ACUAAUAAUUGUCAACAAACAAGAAAACAGAAAAAAAGCCAAACGAUAAACAUAAUCUUAAGGGGGAGAAUGGACAAACUGCUACCCACAAGAUUCCUUAUGAUGUUUAAAUCUAUGAAUGUCUCGAAGCCGCCGAGCACAUGGAAAAUAGAAGAGUGCAAUUCUCAGAUUGUCGUAACUAUAACUUGGGAUGGCCCUCUGGAAUCGGCCAGUACCACGAAGUCGGAGGUAGGGGAGAGCGAUGAAGUCGAUGUAUUGAACGUAUCUACUGGGUCCAGUACGGAUGCACCUGUUAAUGGUCAACAUGAAGUUCCAAAACAGACGUAUAGUAACAUGGCGGUAAGCGGAAAAGCAUGGAAGAUGGAAACUAAAGAUAUCGACAUUGAAAUAGUUGAUGUUGAUACCGAUGACGACAAACUACCCGAUCUUGUACACGAGACCCUACAACAGUCUCCAUGUGAAAUAAUCGAUUCACAGGGCAGUAAUGAUGACGUCAUUAUUAUUGAGGAAACCGGAAAUGAAGAAGUAACAACAGAUGAAACUAGUGUGGCAAAUGGCGCCAUCAAAUCAAGAUCAUCAUACGAAGAUUCUACACGUAGGCCUAAGCCAAUGUUAACAGAUCUACCCUCAAAACCAUUUGACGAUAUGGCGUAUUGCGGAAGAAGACCACGUAUAUUGAAAAAGAGACACGAACCUUUAACUGAAGAAGAAAUGAAGUGGGAACUGAAACGUUUUACCCUCUGUCUUCGGUCAGACAUGGGAACUAGAAAACUACCUCUGGAGCACUAUGUAGAGUUACAUAGACAAAAGCUCAUUAUGCUCAAUAACUGGUUUUUAUGCAGAAAGGCGGAGGGGAAAAUCACUAAUUGUUACCCUAAGAACAAAAAUCGAAAGAUAUCAAAGAGGUGUAGGCCUAAGAAGUUUCAAAAGUUGAGAAAAAGACCAAACUUUUUGAAACAUGCCGAAAUGACCUUGACCGUGGAAGAAGUCAAACGUGAAAUCGAGAUAUACAGAGCUAAACUUUUGCAGGAACAUUCUGAAGAGCCCAAAGAACUACCGAUUGAUUAUUAUGUAGGAAAAUAUGUUCUGAGAAUUAACCGACUGAAUAGAUGGUUUGCUGACAAGAAGAAAUGGAUAGAGGAGAAUGUACAGGGUGUUUGGUGGAAAGCACCAGCGGUACAAGUUGCUAGCCCAGGUGGCACUAGCGCGCCAGCAAACACUGCCACCACGACAAAUACGUGUGGAAACAUUUCGACACCUUGUAGAAAAUAA